AUGGAAUCUUGUUCAACAGUGAAGCUUCAGUAUUCGAGUUCCUUUGGUCUGCACAAAGGAGUUGUUUCUUCUGAGAGAGUAAGUGCGUCCUGGGGAGACCAAGUGGUCAAGGCCAAUCAUCUGAAGACACAGAGAAUUGCAAGUGGACCUCAAAGGAUUCAGACAAAUCUCAUUCGCUCUGUUCUCACCCCAUUUGUUGAUCAAGAGUCUCAUGAAGUAUUUACACUAAUAGAGUGUCUCAUGAAUGAGAAAAGUAGUUUUGCAGCUUCUGUUUGGAACACAAGUCCCUAUGUAGCUUGGAGGAGACAACGAUUUGCAGGCCUUCUCAAGCCGUCUCUUGCCUCGUAA